AUGGCUCGCAGACUGUCAUUCUGGGCUGAGUCCUAUAAGCUACUUCCAGACACCCAGUUUGGAGGCCGACCAGGACGGAACACAGAACGAGCGCUCUUAACCCUGGCAAACGCGAUUGAUCGCGCAUGGCUACGGUUAAAGGUGAUCACGCUAGUGGCAUUUGAUCUCAAAGGGGCAUUCAAUGGAGUGAACAAUUUAAGCCUUGAUGCCUGCUUGCAGGCCAAAGGCAUUCCAACCAGCUUCAUAGAGAGCCGGUACACUAGCAUCUCCUUUGAUGAUUUUCAGACGGAGAUCUCGCCGCUCAAGGAUGCUGGUCUGGCACAGGAAUCCCUACUGUCCCUAAUCUUAUUUGGAUUCUUUAAUUUAGACCUGUGUUGGUUGCUUCGUGCAAUCGAGAUGCCUGGCACUGGUAUGCAGCAAGGAGAGGUCACGUAUGGUUUACACGUGACCUCGUCAAGCAAGGACUAUAUAGACCGCGUCAGGGCCUCAUUAAGACAGAUAGACACAACAGAACACAGAACCCAAGAAUCACCUAUUGAGAUUGACUCAAGUGCUUCUGCACCCACAAAGGCAUGGGCCCGACGGAUGGGAUCUUCAUUUAAUGUGAAGAAAACAGUACUAAUCCACCUGACAAGGUCCAAAAGGCAGUAUGGUGUCAGACAGAUCACAAUAAAUAGGAUGUUAAUCAAGCCAAGCGAUAUAGUAAAGCUUCUAGGCGUGAUCUUUGAUAAGGAGAUGCGGUGGAAGGAACAUGUACAGGAAGCAGUCAAGCAAGCAACCCAGUCGGUAUAUGCAGCAGAGCUUAUAGCAAUAUACUAUGCUAUCAGCCUUAUCCUUAAGAUUGCAAUAGAAAACCAGGUCGCCCGAGCAGGCCAACACGAACUAGCAACUAUCCUUAGUGAUAGCAUGUCAGCACUCCAAGCCACAUUUACAUUGCGAUCACGAGCUGCUUCAUUUAAUCACCGUUACACAGGUUGGCGGCAAUUCCCAACAUAUCAAACUGGCCGCUGA